GACGACAGAAACAAGAAACUAAAACAAACACACAAGCAGUGGUCCCUGCAGGUGAACUUCUCUGCCGGAGCUGCAAUUUUCGCAAAUUUCUCCGCACAUUUGUGGGUCAGGUUUUCUAGCUUCUGGCUUAGGGAAAGCCGAAACUUUGGUCAACUCUAAUUCCAGCGGAUCUUCAAGGAAACUGAUUUGAUUGGUGCUGAGCACCCUUUGCCGGACACCAAAACCACUUGGAAAUCAAUCAAUAAGUUAGUGGCGAGAGUAGUAAACAAGAAAAACCUCAACCAUGGCGUUCGCCGGUCUAAAGAAGCAGAUCAACAAAGCCAACCAGUACAUGACGGAAAAGAUGGGAGGCGCCGAAGGCACGAAGCUAGACGUUGACUUCAUGGAAAUGGAGCGGAAAACUGACGUGACCAACGAGCUAGUGGAGGAGCUGCAGAUGAAAACCAGGGAGUACCUGCAGCCCAACCCUAACGCCAGGGCCAAGAUGGCUGCCGUCAAGGGCAUUUCCAAGUUGAGUGGCCAGGCGAAGGCCAACACUUACCCUCAGCCUGAGGGUGUCCUUGGAGACUGCAUGGUCACGUACGGAAAGAAGCUCGGCGACGACUCGCACUUCGGCAUCUCGCUGGUCGAGUUCGGAGAAGCUCUGAAGCAGAUGGCUGAUGUCAAAUACUCGCUUGAUGAUAACAUCAAGCAAAACUUCUUAGAGCCGUUGCAUGCGCUCCAAAUGAAAGAUCUGAAAGAGGUCAUGCACCACCGUAAGAAGCUGCAGGGGAGACGGCUGGACUUUGAUUGCAAAAGGAGAAAACAGUCGAAAGGUUGUCAUUCAGGAGUGCGAAGGGGUCCAAAUCUUGGACCUGGUCCAUAUGGCUCAUCUUCGUCUAGUCCAUAUGGCAGUCCUGCUCGCAGCCCUGUUCCUCCUGGUUUGGGUUCUCACAUUCCAGAUGAUGAUAUUAAACAAGCCGAAGAAAAGUUCGCUGAAUCGCUUCACCUUGCCCAAAUAGGAAUGUUCAAUCUCCUCGAAAACGAUGUCGAGCAAAUUUCACAACUGGCAACCUUUGCGGAGGGUUUGCUCGAGUAUCACCAGCAGUGCACAGAAGUUCUCAAAGUUCUGAAUGAAACCAUGCAGGAGAAGAGAGAGGAAGCUGCGAUGAGACCAAAGAUGGAGUUCGUUCCGAAGACGUUGGCCGAUCUCAGCAUCGAGCCCAUCAUGGAUGGACUGAAUGGUGCGAAUCAUUUUAAGCCGCCACCCCCGUACUCCCGAAACCCUCCACCCCCAUAUUCCAAUAGCAAUGCAUACAACAGAGCUUCUGCCGCGCCUACGAUAGGAUGGAAUAUGCAUUCGGAGAAACGUACUACUCCCUCCCAGGAUGAGGGAUACCAAGGCUCUUCUCAGCAUACUUCACCUGUGCUUAAUAAGCCUAAUCAAUUGGAGCUGGGAGCUUCUGAUCAGCAAGCCCGCUCCAAUGCUGCUUCGCCACUGCCCUCGCCGAUGCGCAGCCCAGCAAGGACUCCGAUGAAUCAAACUCCGUGCUGCAGGGCUUUGUACGACUUUGAAGCGCAGAACCCGGGAGAGCUUGAAUUCAAGGAGGGUGAUAACAUCACGCUGGUUAACCGCGUGGACGAGAAUUGGUACGAAGGCAGCGUCAACGGCAAGACGGGCUACUUCCCUCAAAAUUACGUUCAAGUGGUGGUGCCACUGCCCUAAACAGUCAGUCGCCCUCCAGCUCGCAUAAUAUUUUGAGUAAUAAUUGCAAAUAACUUUGUAAUCAGCAAUUUAUUCUCUGCAUAUCCCCGAAAAUAACUGUUUCUUCCAUUUGAAUUCACCUCUCUCUCUCGCUCUCCCCCCCGUGGAUGUGUAUUCAACUUAAUAGGACGCAUCCGUUUCCCGUUAAAAAAAAAUGUUCACUGGUUGACCAAAUCAUUCUCAUUUAUAUUUGAUUGCAAUAUAUCCAAAGAUUAAGAGAAGAAAUAAGCACAAGUGCUUAGCAAUUACAUAGGACACAAUUGCGAACUUAGUCAAAACAAGUAGCUAUACACGAUAAGAAAAAUGAGACAGAAUGUAACCGAUUAAUGUAAGAAACGAAAAAUAUUCCCCUCUAAAUGAGUAAAGCGUUGUUGAUUCAAAAACUCUAAUUAAGGAACUGUUAUGCAAUUUGAAAUUCCAGGCCUCAAAUUUCAAGCCGGCGCAAGACGUACUCGUUACUCGCUGCAUAGUCUCUGUUUUAGAUGUUCUCAACUGGAUAUAAUGCCAAUUGAAAUUUGCCGGUCUGAAAUUUUGCAAAUGAUAUCAUUCACACAUACUAUACUCAAAACGAUCAUCUUAGGACCCGCCUCGACUGCAUUUCAACUCUCUCUUUCUCUCGACUCGUUUGUUUUGAUUAGAGAACAGAAUUGUCUCGUUAGGAGGCGAUGGCUACGGUUUUUUCACGGAAGCUUAUUGGAGUCUGGUGCGAAAAGGUAUGCAAACCUUCUCGACCGGCCUCUCGGACGGAAUUCGGGGGGUCUCUUUAAGAAGCGCAUUCUGGGGGCACUGGCACGAGCCCAUCCAGGAGUUGAUUCUCAAGGCGGCACCCUCUCGAGGUGCGACUGCUUUUGGUAAAGUCAAGACAAUACUUAUUAUUAAUUGAUGAGAAAUUGUUAUAUCAUAUAAUAGUGUGAAUACAAUAUGAAUAAAUACGAUCGCGUUAUUUUUAAGAUGAAUGUUACACCGUAGACUCUCUCUCCCAUUGUGUGUGAAUUACAUUAUCAUCUAAAAAAGAUUUUCUCGUUUAAGUGGCCGCAAAAAAGCCGGGCUCUUUGAGGACUAAAUCGAAAAUAGUGAAAUACCACAUCAGGUGUAGCCCUGGAAUUAAUUUGUAACGUGCCAAUCGAUUCCUGAGGUUGGCAUAAUUCGAUAUGACCUACCAAAAAUCGGUGGAUACGUAAAAACCGUUACUUUAGCGGUUUUUGUUCUAAAAGUGCGCCGGCGACCAAUUAGAGAAGGGAACGGUGAUCUCCGAUUGGCUCUAUGACGCAGUGUUGGUCAAAUAUCGAGACAGCAGCGCCACAAGGCAGAUAAGCCAGCAUUGAGAUGGUUCACACAGGAUACGUCAAUGGAUUUAGAUCCUAGUUACUCGAUUGUUGGUUCAUUUUGGAUUUGUUAAUCAUACCGAACAGUCGAAUGAACAACACUUGGAUCCAACAAUCGUCUCAGUUCCUUCCUGAAGCCAGUAACCAGCCUUGUCGCUUGACUCGCUUUUGCUGGUAGUUGCUGUGGCGCUACUGUCUCGAUCUAAGACCAAAAUUACGUCAAAGAGCCAAUCAGAGAUCACCGCUCCCUUUUCUGAUUGGUCGCUAGCGCACUUUCAGAACAUUAACCGCCAAAGUAACGAUUUUUACGUUUCUGCCGAUUUUCAGCACGUAAUUUUGAGUUGUAGACCGAGUGGUUCAGCUGUCUAACUUAAUUCGAACCACAGGAAUCCAUUGACAGAGUCAAAAAUUAAAUUCCAGCACUACUUUCAGCGUUGCGUCUAUGUGCCCCUCUUGUUCAUCUACCGAAUUUUCUGCCAAAUGUGUUGCUCUCGUGCAUGCCCCAGCUAUUUCAUGUUGCAGAUUUCAAAUCUAGAUGUUACGUGGGCUUGUCGUAUGAAACAAAGUUAUCAAGAUGAAACAACCACUUUCUGCCACGUUUGUUUGCGAAUUUUGUUCCCAGAUCGAAAGGCCGAAGUAAAUUCACUAUCUGCUCUAAAUGUGCACGUCUAAUAGCCUUAAAACAUUAACAUGAAAAGUGAUGAGCAACCUAGAAUGAGAUAUUGUACUGCCAUUUUUAAAGUAGCCAGGCGCCCGAAAAGCGUCCAAAGUUAUUAGAUUGAGGUGAGAGCAAAGCACAUGUGUGAUUUUCCGAUCGCCUUUUCGGUCGGCAGUGGAUUGACUUUUAAUAAACCUAAAUUAUACUUUAUCCCCCCUCCCCGAACUGUAGAUAUGUGUACCAUAUUUUUUACUAUUUAUUUGAAAUGUAGAUAUUUUAAUUUAGUAUAUUUGGUUCAUUGUCAAUCAGAGGCAGAUUGAACAUUAAAAGUGUUUAAAAGAAAUUGAUUUGGCGUGAACGUUGGAGGAGAAAGAUUGUUAUGAUGCACAUACCCCACUUGACAGGCAAAAUUUAAUUUAUAUUUCACAUUGGCUGUGAUAUGUUGAAAUAAUUUCCUUCGAAGUAUGCUUGUGUCAACAGGAAAUCACUACUUUGCCUACGAACUCUGAGUAGUUCAACUGCUCUUAUCAUUUUAAUUACAGUUACUUAUGCUAAAACAUAAAAUAUACUCACUCAGUGUAGACAUUUAUUAUUGCUAUUUUAAAGAAAAGACAAGCAACAAAUAGGUUCAUUUGUAUGGUACAAAGCAUAGCAAACGUACUCUCGACUCUUAACAAGUACAUCAAUAAGAAUUUGUUCAAUUCACUUGGUUUCUGCCCGAUUUAGGAAAUACAAGGAAAUUACACACACACUAUAUCAAUGUUAAGGAAAAAGCUAUAAAUGUUGUUGUAGACGUGUUUCAACCUAAAAAAGAAAAUGCCCCCCUCUGAGAUUAAAUAAAAUCCGCGAUAGAUCAUCACCACGGUGCGACGGCUCAAAAUCUAAUCGUAAUUUAUCAAAAUCCAAGCAAUAAAAUGAGAGAUUAUAUACAGAGACGAAAUCAACAGGGGGAUUUCUACACACAAAAUAAUCAAACUCACGAAUUUCAACGCUGCUGAACAUUCCGUUUUGCUUUUUACUUGCGUAAAUGUGUGCGAAGUUUACUUCUUAGCUGACAAAUAUGCUUCAUUUCUUCUCAUUAAUUUGAUUGUGUCGUAUGGGAGAACAGCUCACUGCAGACCUCUUCAAAUUCCUGCUUUCCACUGUCCCUUCAGAGAAAAUCCAUCAGUUUUGUCGUUCUCUUAUUAGUUUGAACUAAAAUGGGAUGUGCCAUAAACCGGUUUCAGAUUGAGUGAACACGGAUUUGAAGAUGUUGUCGUGUCUGUUUUCGUUAAUAAAUAAAUAUAGGUUAUGUUCAGUUCAUUGAGUGCAAAUUAAUGUGGUUAAAUGAAAUAAAGCAUUAGGUGUAUUACGCAAUCGA